GGUGCCGUUGCUCUGUCGGACAUGACGUAUUCUCUAACGUGGAAUGUGGUUUUUUGACAUUUUGACUGUAUUUAUGGUACAAUUAGUUUGAUUGUUGAUCUGUUUUGCCAUAAUGAAGAUAAGCGUAACGUCGCACUAUAUCUACUACCGCAUCUUCGGUUAUAUAACAACAAUAAUAAUGCACCUAGUGAAUAUUUGGUGUAUGACGCGCCGAUUCCAGGGUGACCAUAAGGAUUCAACGAUCAGGUUUUUUUUGGGCAAUCAAAUGAUAUUUUUCACUGGGUGGACAUUUAUCCUACAAAUAGUAUACGCAGUGGCAGGUCUAAUGUGUGACUUGUUAACAUUAAAAAAUGCCAACAAUAAUGAUUACAAAUUAAACAAACAUCUUCGAGGGUUUCGGGACGUUUUGUUUGCUGGCAUACAGUGGCCCAGUUCUCUG